UGUGAUCACUACAGUUUUGAAAUGACCAAAGAAAAGCGACACAAGAGAAGGGAAUCUCCGGAGCGGGAGUCCAAAGUUAAGGUAAAGCAGGAGACACUGAGCCCUGUUAGGCCACAGACAUCACGCCGCUCCAAGUCGAGAUCCAGCGGCAACUCAAGUCCACAGAGGAGAAGAACGAGCAGGUCACCCGCCAGGACGAGGGACCGCUCACCAGCUAGAAGAGAGUCAUCUCCCGCCAGGCGAGGCAGCAGAUCACCCAGAAACAGGAGGAGUCGCAGUCCCAAUCCCAUUCGUGGGGCUGAUGUCAAAAUAAAGCGGGAGCGGGAGGAGCAUCGGGCUAGUGGUGAUGAGCGGAGGAGAAGAAAUGAACAGCCAGAGGAGAGGCGGAGCAGGUGGGAAUCAGACAGGCCGCGGGAGAGGGACCGAGGCGAAAACAGGCACAGAGAACGAGGCGCGCUUGCCUCCCAACAAGCUGAGAGACAGCAGCACAAUGAGCGGCGCAGGGAAAACCGUCAGCGGCGUGAAGAAAACCAAGAGCGGGAUUUUGAACCAUCUGAAGGAGACAGUGAAGACACCAAUGCCCCUCCUGUUGAUAAAGAGAAGCCCAACUUUGAACUCUCAGGGGCACUAACAGAAGAUACAAACACAUUCCGGGGGGUGGUGAUCAAGUACAACGAGCCACCCGAGGCUCGCAUUCCCAAGCGCAGAUGGCGAUUGUACCCUUUCAAGAAUGAUGAACCCCUUCCAGUAAUGUACAUUCACAGACAGAGUGCCUAUUUAUUGGGGCGGCAGAGAAAAAUUGCUGAUAUCCCCAUUGACCACCCUUCCUGCUCCAAGCAACAUGCAGUAUUCCAGUAUAGACUGGUGGAGUUUACACGUGCAGACGGCACCGCUGGCCGCAGGGUAAAGCCUUACAUCAUUGACCUGGGUUCCGGCAACGGCACCUACCUGAACAACCAGCGCAUCGAACCCCAGCGCUAUUACGAGCUCAAAGAAAAAGACGUUAUCAAGUUUGGCUUCAGCAGCCGCGAGUAUGUCCUCCUGCACGAGUUCUCAGACACAAGCGAAGUGGACGUCAGGGAGGAGGAGGAAGACGAGGGCCUAGACGAGUAAAUCGUUCCCAUAAACUGUAUUGCCCAAGUUCAUUCAGGUUAGAUAACAGCAUCAUCAUCAAUGUUUAUCAAAAAGCUGUUUCUGCAGGGAAUGGAACAAUUAAUUGAACAGAACAUUUGGGAAUUUAUUAAAAUAAUGGAACAAUGCUGGGUUGUAUAUUCUGUAAUAACUGAACUACUGCUUAAACCUGCCACAACUGUCUCAAAGAAGACUUCCUUUUCUCAGGUUGUUUGUGUAAUGAUGCAUGACUGAUCUCACAUCUGACAGCGCUCCCAAUAAAAUGUGCUUGGUGCCAAGUACAAUGGCUAAUUAUAUAUUUUUGGAUCACAGCACUAUGUCUGGGCUUUAUAUGUACAUGAUACGUGGAAUGUGAACUCUACAUUCACUUUUAAUAAGCAUAGCUUAUCUUCACAGUCAAACAUUACAGACCUACAGUUUGUAAUUAUAUUGCCUUUUUCGCUUUGUAGUGCAGGGAUAAUAGUUGAUGCAGUUGUGUUUUCCUUGCACCAAUGCUGUGUGUAUUUAGAAUUCCCCUUUUUCAUUUUCAUCUAUUCUGAAGCCCACAGCAUUCAUAGUAAGUUUCCUUGUAUGUACUGUAAAUAAAGACAGAAAAAAUGUG